AUGUCAUCAUCAUCUUCUCAAUUUAAGCAAUUAGAAAAAUUGGGUAACGGUACCUAUGCCACUGUUUAUAAAGGGUUGAAUAAGACUACCGGUAUAUUUGUAGCUUUAAAAGAAGUCAAACUGGAUUCAGAAGAAGGUACACCAUCGACUGCUAUCCGUGAAAUUUCUUUGAUGAAAGAAUUGAAACAUGAGAAUAUUGUGAGAUUAUAUGAUGUUAUACAUACUGAAAAUAAAUUGACGUUAGUUUUUGAAUACAUGGAUAAAGAUUUAAAGAAUUAUAUGGAUUCGAGAACAUCCGGUAAUUCUACUAGAGGGUUAGAAUUAAGUUUAGUCAAAUAUUUCCAAUGGCAAUUAUUUGAAGGUGUUACAUUUUGUCAUGAAAACAAGAUCUUACAUCGUGAUUUAAAACCACAGAAUUUAUUAAUAAAUAAUAAAGGGCAAUUGAAAUUAGGUGAUUUUGGUUUAGCGCGUGCUUUUGGUAUCCCAGUAAACACUUUUUCUACUGAAGUGGUUACUCUUUGGUAUAGAGCUCCAGAUGUCUUGAUGGGAUCAAGAUCAUAUUCUACUUCUAUUGAUAUGUGGUCUUGUGGCUGUAUCUUGGCUGAAAUGAUAACAGGUAAACCUCUCUUCCCAGGUACAAAUGACGAAGAACAGUUGAAAUUGAUUUUUGAUAUUAUGGGGACUCCUGAUGAACAGUUGUGGCCAGCUGUUACAUCGUUACCAAAAUAUAAUAGAAAUUUACCUAAGAAAGAACCAAAGGACUUGAAAAAAUUAUUACAAGCUCAUACUAAGGAGAUAGUUGAUGAUCAAGUGAUUGAUUUAGUAACUGGAUUACUACAAUUGAAUCCUGAUGCAAGAUUAACUGCCAAACAGGCAUUGCACCAUCCCUGGUUUGGGGAAUAUUACCAACAACAAUAA